UGGUUGCUUUUGUGCUAUAAAGUCGACCCACUUGAAUGGAAUUUGGAGUCACACUCUCAAGUCCCAAGCAAAGCAGAGCAAACAGUAAACUGCGUUUCCUCUGUUUUUUUCCCCUGCCCUUGUAAGUUGUCUACCCUCAUCUUCUCUUGUUCUAUGCCAGGUUGAGGUUGAGACUGACAGGCAUCAUCAAAUUGAAUGGCGACAUGGCCGGUGGGACUCAGAUUUCGACCAACCGAGGACGAACUCGUCGAUCAUCACCUUAGAGGGAAGCUCAAGGGAAAAAUAGAACCAUGUUGCCUCAUCCCAGAGCUAUACAUCUACAAGUGUGAGCCGCCAGAUUUGUUCAAUUCAUACAAUAAAAAAUCGGCAAUACCAUCAGAUGGACGGGAGUGCUUCUUCUUCAGUCCUUGCGGGGACAAUAUUCCGAAUAAUCGUCGUUCUAAUAAUAGGAUGACAGAAUUUGGAUAUUGGAAAGAUACAUGUAAGAAACGCGUCAUACGAUCCCUGGACACUGGCAAGCAGAUAGGGAUCAGGAAGAAUUUGGUUUUCUAUGAAGGUCGACAACCAAAAGGCCGCAAGACCGAUGUGGUCAUGCAUGAAUAUCACCUAAACUCAAGUGUCUCUGACAGUAAAAUCUCUGGCCCGAUGGCCUUUGUUCUCUGUCACAUAUUCGACAGGAAACGUAAGAAAGCGAGGUCAGCAAAAGUGAGUACUUCGGAUAGUCUAAGCACCGUUAGUACUUCUCAAGUCUCUGGAAAUGGACUAGCCCACGAAAGUAGUGCACAGGCAUCUGAGGAAGUUACAAUCGAAACCGAAAAUGAGAAUGAGAUAUCGAUUUCCAGUAUGCCAGACUGUAAUGUUCCUGUUAUUCCUCAGCAGGCGCAGAUGCACGAAGAGCAAAGCUUGCUUCAUAAUGGUCAUCCAUUUAUAGAUGGGCAUAUUGAUGAAUUUUAUGAUGAGCCAUAUUCUCUGAGCAACAAUAUUGAAAUCUUGGAUCUCUGGAAUGUCCCUACGGACGGAUUAGUAUGCCAAAGUAUCUUUCAUAUAUAGACAUUUGAUGGCCUUACUAGUACCUAAUUACCAUGUUGUUGACAUAGAAGGGAUAGGAGGUGGGUGUACUGUAAAAACUGUACUUGUGUGACUAGAGAUUGUGAGUGUGUAUGGUACAAACUAUAUCGUGCUGCUUAUAACCAUCAGGUUGCGAAAGAUUAGAUAAUUCAGUAUAUGCUUUGUGUUGGUUCCA